AUGACCAAGCCGACGUUAGUGGGAUUUCUGGCGCUGGCGCUGGCUGCGUCUCUGGCGGCGGCCCAAGUAGAACUCGAAGAGCCGACGUGUUCAAAGGCAAAGCCUUGCGCGCCGGGCGUCCUGUUGCCCGUCUGGACUCCCACGGUAAGUAUAUAGUCGAUUAACGAGCCCACAAACUCAAUUUGUAGCUUUUUCCUGGAAACAAGAGAAGCAAGAAAUUUUAUAUCAUUUCAUUGAACCGCUUUUUUUUCUAGGAGAGUCUCUCAGGAUGCACGAUCAUCUUCCGUGCCGUCGUUUAUCUUUUCGCUCUGUUCUACCUUUUCUUUGGCGUUUCCAUCGUCGCAGACAGGUUCGUCUGCUAUUCGAAACUUUCAAGUUGAAAGACGAGUUUUCUAAAAAAAAAAAGAAGGUUGAGAGGGCGCCGUUAGUUCAAAUUAUACACUCAAAUCAAACGAAGUUGGAACAUUUUUUUAAAAAUCGUAUCGCGAAAAGGCAAAAAGUAAAGUUUUUUCAGGUUCAUGGCCUCAAUCGAGGUGAUAACAUCUCAAGAGCGCGAAGUAAAAAUGAAAAAAGUUGGUUUUUAUCCUAUUUUGUUAAGUUUUCGAUUUUAAAAGGUUUUUGAUCAGUCAUUUAUGUAUUUGACUUAAAGCAUGAGGCCAAGAAAAAUUGCUUUUGAAUAUUCCGGACGUUGAAUUUCAGAUAACAGGAGAGCCGUACACGAUCCUCAUCCGCGUGUGGAAUGAGACAGUCAGUAACCUGACACUGAUGGCCUUGGGUCUGUUUCCGCGUCUUUUCUCUGAACCUCAGAACCAUCUUCAGGCUCUUCUGCGCCGGAGAUCCUGCUCUCCGUCAUCGAGAUCUUCGGCAACAACUUCGAGGCUGGAGACCUCGGUCCUUCGACCAUCGUCGGCUCGGCUGCCUUCAAUCUUUUCAUUAUCAUCGCCGUUUGUAUCAUGGUUGAGUUUUCACUUUCCCUUUUCUAAUAAUAGUGUUUAUUUCAUCCAUGAGAAAUCACCAGAAAUGAAAAAAUAUUAACUAAAUAUCUGCAAUUGAAGUUCUUGAAAUAAUUUUUGGUUUUGUCUGAAGGCGAUCCCGAAAGGCGAAGGCCGUCGAGUGCAGCACAAUGGAGUUUUCUGGGUGACAGUCGCCUGGUCGACGUUCGCCUACAUUUGGCUCUACCUCAUUCUUAGCUUCUUCAGUCCUGGAGAAGUCGAGGUACCACAUUAACGCUCUUAGUAAGAUAAGUUCCAACAAUUUUGAGGUCUGGGAGGGAAUCUUGACCUUUAUCUUUUUCCCUCUAACUGUCGCCACAGCCUAUUUUGCAGACGCCCAUGCUGGAACCUUUGGUCAGCGGUGAGCUAACCACAAUCAUAAAAAAAAAACCUAAUUUUUCGAUUUAAGCUUGAUCAGCGGUCCUCUUUCGACUUUUGUUGGAGGCCGUCGAUCGCAGAGGACGCAGAGAAGUGGAAAACGUGACGUCACUAUUGAGAACGGUCAUGCUGCCGACGAACAUCGGUAAAAAAGACGUUAUCUUCGGCUGGAAACACAGUUGAAUUUGUCAGGCUUUCUCUCAUCGGAGACGCAGAUGCACUGGCCUUCGAGACACAUAGACGGCACUAUCUGGAAAUAUUCAAAAAGCUCAGGUAGAGUGAAUUGACGCGCAGGACUUCUCAUUGAUAGAGCGGCUGACUUGCAGGUCGGAACACCCAGACGCUCCGCCGAAUGAGCUGGAGAAGUACGCGAUGCAAGAGGUCUUAGGCGAACAGAAGAAAAGCCGCGCAUUUUACCGAGUGCAGGUGAGGAUUAGGAAACCUCAGAGACGUCAGUCUUUUCAUAGACGACUCGCAAAAUGAUUGGCUCGGGGGAUAUCCAGAAAAAAGUGACCAAGAAGAAGGAUGACAGUGAAGCUCCUGUCAAGAAGCUGAACUGCAUCGUCGUGGAGUACUGAGCAGCGAGGAGACCGAGGUCAAAGAAGAGUUUCAGGUUCGAUCCGCCUCACUACACGUGUCUGGAAAACGUAGGCGACAUCGUUCUCAAAGUGAAGUGCGACCGAGGAUCUGUCGGCGAAGACACCACAGUCAGCGCUCAUUAUCGGUAAAGAAAGAAGGGCUUCCGGCUAGGCUAUUCCGAAGUUUCAGGACAGUCGCAGAUACGGCCCAGGAACAUUCCGACUUCAUUCCCACGGAAGGCACUCUGACGUUUCCUCCCGGAGUUUCCGAGUGAGUGAGCUCAACUUCAAGAGCAAAUUUUUUUUAAAACUUUUUUUAAAAUGCGGUUUUUUAUCUGCCUGUUGAUUUCAUCUUUUCAUCUUUUCAUCUUUGUUUUUACAAUUUUUUUUUUCGAGAUUGAUCGAUUCUAAUAAGGUUUAAAGCUUUUCGAAAAGCCACUUAAUGCUUCGGACCGAGCUGACUUCAAAAAGAAAAAAAUAAUAAUAAUUGGAUGCAAAAAUGUUUCAUAGACGUAUUUUCUAGACAAGAAAUACGCGUUGGAAUUGUUGACAACGACAUUUAUGAAGAUGAUGAGCAGUUCUUAGUCCGCUUGUCUCAGGUAGGAACACAGAAAAGGAAAAAAAUGAAGUUCGAUUGCAGCCUCGAGCUUUCCGUGCAGAGCAGUUUUCUUCGAUCCCAGUGAGGAUAGGCGCCGCUUCGGUGGCGACCGUCCUCAUCAUCGACGACGACCAUUCCGGCUGUUUCGGCUUUGCUUCGCAGAACUUCAAAGUGGUCGAAAGCGUCGGGUCUUUCGUUGCUGAGGUUCUCCUCUCUUGCAGACCUUAACAACCUUUCUUUGGAGGUGAUGAGAACUCGAGGAGCUCGUGGAGAAGUUUCGAUACCGUACAAGACGGUCGACGGAGCUGCCAAGGCUGGAAAAGACUACGAACACCAAAGUGGUGUUCUGAAGUUCGCCGACGAACAGACUAUGGCUGAAAUCUUCAUUCCCAUCGUGAACGACGACGAGUAUGAGAAAAACGAGGACUUUUACAUUGAGCUGGGCGAGCCAAUUUGGCACAAAGCGAUUGGAGAAAACGUAAGUCUUUGUUUCCUUUUCUAUAAACAUCGCCUUUCAGGAAGAAGGAUUCGAUGGGAAACCGAUUCUAGGUCUCGCACGCUGCAAAGUCGUCAUCACAGAGGACAAAGAAUUCAAGAACUUUGUCGACAAAAUGUUGGUGACGGCCAACACUUCGAUCAUGGUGGGAACCUCGAGUUGGCGUCAACAGUUCGACGAAGCUUUCACUCUGGAAGCCGGAGGUAGGGCUUCAGUUCGAUCCAAACGUCUGAGCGACUGGAUUGCAGAGGACGAGACGAUCGGCGUGAAAGACAAGGUGAUGCACUACUUGUCGCUGCCGUGGAAGCUGCUCUUCGCCCUGAUCCCGCCGACCGACUACGCCAACGGCUGGUUGUGCUUCGUUGUGGCCAUCUUCAUGAUCGGCCUUCUGACGGCCUUCAUCGGGGACAUCGCGGCGCACUUCGGCUGCACAGUCGGUCUCAAGGACUCCGUCACCGCGUUGACUCUUGUCGCGAUGGGAACCUCCUUGCCAGGUUUGCCCCGGAAACGACCGUGCCGAACGUCUUUUUCAGACACGUUCGCCUCGAAAACUGCCGCAGUACAGGACAAAUGGGCGGACUCGUCCAUCGGCAACGUCACUGGCUCGAACGCAGUCAACGUUUUCCUCGGUAUCGGCAUCGCCUGGGCGAUCGCUGCAUGUGCUCAUGCGUACCGCGGAACCAAAUUUUUGUGAGAACAGAAUCGUUGACUGACACCAACAGAAGAUUUCAGAGUGAACGCCGGUUCUUUAGCGUUCUCUGUGUCCAUGUUCCUUAUAGGAUCAAUAGUCUGCGUGGCGCUUCUUCAAUUCCGAAGGUGACGAACAAAUAAUUUCGAGAACAAAAUAGGAGGUUGCAGAAACAAUCGUAACAUAAGUGCCGAGUUGGGAGGUCCAACUGGCUGGCGAACUAUAUCCGUGGCCAUUUUCUUCGGCGUUUGGUUGACCUACAUCAUUCUGAGCACUCUGGAGGCGUACUGCGUGAUUCGUGGAUUUUAA